GUAAACAGUGCAAAGCUUGACAGCUUUGAAAUUCUUUUAUUUCUUUUAACACGAUUUUUUUUAUAAAGAUUUUGUCUUUUUCUAUUUCAUAUGUAAAAAGUAAAAAGAAACGAGACACUUAAUAUAAUGGAAGAAGUCAAACAUUAAUAGCAAUUUCUCACGAUUUUAAGUUUUAUUAUCAAAAUGUUUUGAUGAGAACCACGUGUAUUUUUAUAUUUUGAGCACUAAUUUUCUUGAUUUCAAAAUGAGGACUGACAGUUCUUAUGUUCCAAUUAGUGACAUGUUUGAUCUGCUUGAGAAAAUCACUUAUAUUGAAGACAAAACUGUUGAUAAACUACUGCAAAGUACUGUAUCAGAUUUGAAAGGUGACAGGUCAAUUGUUAAUUUAAAAGCACUCGAUUACUUUUUACUUUUUAGAUCUAAAAGUAAAGAAAUUCCAAUUUAUUCCUAUGAAAAUGUAAUCUACGAAUCUAUAGAUUUGUUGAAGUACAUUACAGACAAAGAUGCUACUGCCCGUGCAUUGUUGGGUUCAGUUAUAGAAAAUUGUUUACCUUUAAUAUCUAAGACUAAUUUAAAAGAAGUUUUCUUAAAACUAGUCAACUUUGUAGACACCAAUUUAUGUUGUAUUGCAGGGAAAGUUAUUGACCAGGCUGAUGAUUAUACUAACUUGUCUCAUUCCCUUCAUGUCCUAGAAAGAAUAUGUAGUUUCAUAUCUACUAAUUCUAUGGACCAGCUACAAUUUCCUAAUACCUUGAGGACCACUCUGAUCAGUUUGGUACCGAAUCUUAGCAUUGAAGUUGCUCGAAAAAUAUUUGUUUCUGUCCUGCCUAAAUUUAUUCUAUCUCAAGAAUCAAAUACAAUUUUGGAACUUAUUUGGUCACAACUUUUUAGACUUGGUUCUAUGUGUGAAUCUGGUGAAAAUUGUGUUGGGAAACAAUUAUUUUACCUUUGUUUAUUAUGUGAUAAUUUUAUUACUGUUUCACAUUGUAAACUAUGUUUUCCUCUCUAUGAUAAACCAGACUUUUGGGCAAUUAUUCUUAAAGGGUUGUAUAAUGAAGACAGCAUUGUUCGCAAACAGUCUUUAUUCUUAUUAAAACUGUAUAUUGAAAAAUUGGAAGAAUGUGAUCUCAAUAUUGAACUAGACAUUUUUUAUUGGGAUACUAGACACAAAGUUCAGCUGAUUGAAUUUUGGAAUAAAAUAUUCACAUUUUUGGAAUUAGUUGAAGAAAAACAGACACAUUUGAUCACCCCAGCAUUAAAAGGUUUUGAAGGCUUACAUUCUUUAUGUUCAAUAAAUAAGAAAGUGUUCUAUACUUGGUUGCUUUGUGUUUUUAUUAGAUUAUUAAAACAUCCGUCACACAUUAUAGUAAAAUGGAGUUUAGUUGAGUUUUGUAAUUUAGAUAUUGAUAUUCUGUUUCAUGAUGCCAAAUGCAAAGAACUAUUAAGUUGUUUUUUUAAUGCUUUAAAUAAUAUGUUUCUCUUUAACGAAGAAAAAAACUCAAAUUCUAAUUUUAAUCAUGAAGAUAUUUUGAAAAAUUGGUUUACGUCUAUAGCUGAUAAGGAUUCAUCAGGAAUAUUAUUUGAAUGUGUUUUAGAUUGUUUAGCUUCUAUUUCCUGGGGUCCAGUACCUCUUUUUUACAUUACUAGUGCAAUCAGUAAAAUACCACCCAAAUCGUUAUUAAAUAAUAAUUGUUUAAACCACUUAAAGAAGAUCCUCAUUGUAAGCCUUAAGAACCAAAAUAUCUAUAUUCGAUCUGCUAUUCAAUGUAGAUUACUAAAAUGUAUUUGUAAUUUAACAAGCAUUGAUGUAGAUUUUAUGGAAAUAAUAAAUAUAUUUGGUUUAUUCAACUCAAAUGAAUCUUUGAAGAGGGGAACAGGUAUUUGGCAAAAAUGUGUUGAUUGGAUUGAAAAUAUACUGCCCAGUGAAAUAACUACUUUUUUCACAAUUUGUUCCAAUAAGAUUUUUAAAUCUAAUGAACCGGAAGCUGUUGAAACAUCAAAUUCAAUUCAGUCAUUUAGUAGAAUGCUUGUUUUAAUGGCAGAUUCAAAUAAAUUCCCUUUUGAGGAAGAUCUUAAAUUUUUUAUAGAUUCAAUCUUCGAACAGUUCUAUGAAUGUGAUAAAAGAAUUUACUCUUGUUUAAAAGUACAAGAUAAUUGUUUAGAAUUUUGUCAGUAUAUAAUUAGUGAAUGUUCCUAUUACCCUGACCAAAGCAUAAAAGGAAAUAGACUUAUAUGUCUAAUAGAUAAUAGGGUAAUUGAUUUAUUACAUUAUAUUGAAGUACGUAUGCAGAAAGGACCAAUUGAAAAUAUGCAAAUUGCAACAUUGUAUGAGAAGACAUUUUACAAAAUAAUUAAUAAUAAAUACCUUACUAUGGGAAAUUUUAAAACACUGAAUAUAUUAAAAAUUGCACUACACUCAUUGACUUUGAAUUUAACUUCUUUCCAUGAGUAUCUUUCACUAAAAAUUAUAUUUCAUUGUUACACGUAUUCAAUGCUCAAUAACGAUAAUUUUAACUGUACGUUUUUUGAAAAUGACAUUAUUCACAGUAUUUUCGAAAGACGUCUAUUUGGCAAAAAUUUGAGCCAAUUAACUCCAACUGUCGAUCCUUUGUUCAACACAAGAGGAAAACUGGUUUCUGAAAUAAUGCAUACCCUUUGGUGUAUAUUUACUUAUUAUUUAGAAAAACAUUCAGAUCUACAAGUUUUUUUCGAAGUGUUUCCGAUUUCGCUACUUAUCGAUGCCGCUUUUAAAGCAGUUAAUGAGGAUGGUAAACAAUCACUUGUUCCAAUUUUAAAAUCUUUUGUAUAUUUAUUACCAUUGCAUAAAAAUGUUGAAGAUAUACAAAAGUUUAUCUUGAUUACUUGGAAUUCUUGUUUUGAGUUAAGAAAAACAGAAUUGUUUUGGCUAGCUAUAAAUGAGUGGAUGAGAAUGGUUUACCAGGAUGGGAUUGCAUCAAAUAGUGACUAUCACCAGUUAAUUAGUGAUUAUGCAGUGAAAAUAAUGGAUUUGGGUGGAGAAUUGACUGGAUUAGUAGGCAUUUUUUUUUAUCAUUGUCAAAAUUUGAGUUUCAUCCAACAAUUUUCUGCUAUAAUUUCCAAGGGUCUUGUAUUCAGUGUGAUCUUAAGAAAAGAUAAAAGAAUGGAGUUGGAUGUUAGUCAUUAUAUAAUGAAACUGAUUGAAUCUGGUUCAAUGGAAAGCUUUGGUUCAGAGAUAGUAUUGAAAACCGAUCGUGAAGUAAGAUUAAAAAUCUUACAUUUAUUAUUGACACUAAGUAAUGUUGAGCAUAGAAAUCAGUUGAUUGUACAAGUUAUUCAAGAACUCAUUUCAUAUGAUGAAGAACUUUCAAAAAAUAACAAUAGAUAUUUUAAUGAUUCAUUAAUACAUAGGAAAAAAAACAAGUUGUUGCAAGCUCUCUUGAUUUUAGAAAACUACAUUCAUCAAAAUGCUUCUUGUCAGUUUGAAGAUUUGCCUGAAAUAAUCUACAAAUGGACAUUACAAAGCCUUAUUGGUUGUUCUCAACAACCAAGUAUCCGGUACCAGUUAGAGUGGCUGUUUAUAAGACUUACAAUUCAUCAUCCUUCAUUUUUGAACUCAUUCUGGGACCAUUUUACUAAUGCUGGAAAUGAGCGGUUAGGAUCAAUGUGCUCUUUUAUUUCAAUUGCUUAUCAUUUGUCAAUUGUAUUGAAUGAGAAUAAGUUUAUUGAACAGUGUGUUGAACAUUUUCUACCUUGGUGUAUGUCACAAAACUUUAAUAUAAGAUUAUAUGCUCAGGUCCUUCUUAGUAAGCUAUGGAACUUACAUCCAGAAAUUUCUAAAAAGUUUCAUUGUAUUUCUAAAAAUCAGUGGAAAAUUUAUGAACAUGAGGGUAAUAUACUAGUAAAUGCAAAAAAAAUGGAAAAUGACUUUUACUUUAGUGUUUUUCAUCCUAUAAAUCAUUUUACAUUGCAGACUAUAUAUUGGGAUUUACCUCGCCUUUCGAACAUUUCUGUUGAAGAGUGGAUUCAUCCAGAUAUCCUUAAAAAGUAUCCUGACUUAUGCAUUCAGAAUAUUUCUGUAGACAUUGAAAAAUCAUUAACAUCCUGCAUAUCCCCUGUUUGGGUCAUCAAAAAUUCAGGAAAUCCUGAUGAUAAAAACGAUGGAAGCAAAAUACAAAAAAAAUUUGUACCUUGGAAAGCUAUGUUUGAAGGGCAUGAAGAAGAUAUUAAUAGUCAAAAGGGUGGUCUGAUUCUUGUUGCUUCACUUGUUGAUAAAGCUGCCAAUUUAGGAGGUCUUGCCAGAACAUGUGAAGUAUUUGGUGCCAAAGAAUUAGUAGUUUCAAAUCUCGAAGUUAGAAAAGAGAAAGAAUUCAUAGGCCUGAGUAUGACAGCAGAAAAACACUUAAGGAUAAGUGAGGUAAAAACUUAUAAUCUUGCUGAAUACUUGAAAUCCAUGAAAAAAAUGGGAUACAGUUUAAUUGGUGCUGAGCAGACCACGGGUAGUGUUUCAUUGACAAGUUAUAGUUUCCCAGAUAAGUGUGUUCUACUAUUAGGUAGUGAAAAGGAAGGAAUAUCACCCAAUCUACUUCCUCUUCUCGAAGAAUAUAUCGAAAUUCCACAACUUGGACUUGUGAGGUCUCUAAAUGUUCAUGUAACUGGAGCAAUUUUUCUUUGGGAAUAUUCCAAGCAGCAUUUACUUUGCAACAGGUGAUCAAAGAAAUAGAUAUUUUGAAAAAUAUUUUUUUUUGUAAAAAUAAAUUAUUUUAACUAAAAA